GAUCCACUUAGGGCCCAGCUGCAGCCUGGGAGCCUCCGCAGCCACUGAGGUCUGUGCUGGUGGAGAGUGCGCGCCUGCAGGGGGCUGGGUAUGCCCUGUGGCAGUGCCCACUCCCCAGACCUCAGCAUCCUGUCAGCCUGGCCGGGCUGCACUGAGGAUCUGGAUUGAGGAGGGACUCGAGUGUGCCGGGGUCCAGAGUGUCCUGCUUCUGGCAUGCAGGGUGGCCCUGGCCUGGGGGAGCCACCCUCUUCUCCCUCCUCUUUCCUCCAGAGGCUUCUGUCCCUCCCACCAGACAGGGGACAGAGAACCCUUCUUGGGCUGAGAAGGGGACCUGGCUUGGUUUUGGGUUUCAGCACCUGCUGUCCGAGGAGCUUUCUGGCCAUGUUUUCUGAGGCCUGGAGCGGACACGGCCUAUGGCAUGGCUGGGUGGAGGACCUCAGCCACCCAGAUAAGUUCCCCUUAUCCUAACUGCCAUCAGAGUCGUUCUAUGCAAGGCAGGCCCUCCAGACCAGGGCCCCUCCUGGUGCCUGGAUGUGCUGGUCGUAGGAGGUGGGGGGAGCUGCCUGCCCCCCAGGGAUGCUUCGGCCUGACCCAGAGGGUCCGGGGUUGGACCCUGAAGUUGUCCCUCUGCCAUACCUGCCGGCCUCACGGUCCACGGGGUGGGUCUCACCUGGUUCAGGGCAGGGCAGGAUGCUGUUUCCAGCUGGUGAAUUCUCCUGAGGCUCAGCUGCCGGGAGCGAUGGCUCCAUGGCGUGAGGGUUCUGAGCAGCCCUUGGAGGGGGUUGCUAUGGCUACACAUCCCCAUAGUCUGUGUCACUUCAGUAGUUGGAGGAGUCACCUGCCCUCCCCAGGAAAUGAGGCCCAUCCCUAUCCCACCUGCAGCCUUGUCCGUUGGGGCUUGUCCCCUAAUGGCCAUGACUCUGCCUGGGCCACUGAGUGGUCUCCUGGGGUCAGGCAUUGUGGCUGCAAGAGUGGUCAGGGGCCUCCAGCCCAAGGUGUGUGCCGUGGUUGGUCUCUGAGCAGGAGCAGCUGCAGGGAGCUGUCUCCCCUGCUCCUGGCUGCCCCGUUGGCCUUAACGCCCACCUGGUGGGGAGGUGGUGACUUCUGGCUGCCCAACUGCAAGGGAAUGAGUGUGUCUGGCAACAGGUGACUUAAGGGAGCUCUGGCCUGGGGAGUCACAGGCAAUGUGGUGGUCCUGGAAGAAGUGACCUCGCUGCUGAGGCCCCAGCCCCCCGCAAAGGGGCACGUGCGGCAGGGGCUUGGGUGCCACCCAGUGACUUAGUUUCCCAGCUGCUGUCCCGGCGGAAGGCGCAGCUGCACGCAGCCGAGACCCGGGAGCUCUCCUGGCGCAGUGCUCAGCCGGGCAGGGGGACUGGGGUGCCGGCCAGGGCUGCUCCUGCCAGGAGCGCGUCCGCGUGCAGGGCGUGCGCGUGUUCCGGCCGCGAGUGGCGGGGCUGGCGGCGGCGGCGUGUGCAGCGGGGGCGGGCAGCUCCGUGACGUGGCUCAGAGGGAGCAGAGCGGGCGGAGCGGGCGGGCCGGGGCGGAGCGGAGUCGUCCGCAGAGCAGCCCCUCCCGGCCGCGGCCGCCGACCCCGGCCCCGGCCCGGCCCGGCUCUAUGGACAGGAGCUCGCUGCUGCAGCUUAUCCAGGAGCAGCAGCUGGAUCCUGAGAACACAGGCUUCAUCGGAGCUGACACCUUCACUGGCCUGGUGCACAGCCAUGAGCUGCCCCUGGACCCGGCCAAGCUGGACAUGCUGGUGGCCCUGGCCCAGAGCAACGAGCAGGGCCAGGUCUGCUACCAGGAGCUGGUGGACCUGGUCAGUGCCACGAUCAGCAGCAAGCGCUCAAGCAGCUUCAAGCGAGCCAUCGCCAACGGGCAGCGGGCACUGCCCCGGGACGGGCUGCUGGACGAGCCAGGCCUGGGUGUCUACAAGCGGUUUGUGCGCUACGUGGCCUACGAGAUCCUGCCCCGAGAGGUGGACCGCCACUGGUACUUUUACCGGCACCGCAGCUGCCCGCCCCCUGUGUUUAUGGCCUCGGUCACCUUGGCCCAGAUCGUUGUGUUCCUGUGCUACGGGGCCCGCCUCAACAAGUGGGUGCUGCAGACCUACCACCCUGAGUACAUGAGGAGCCCCCUCGUGUACCACCCCAGCCACCGUGCCCGGGCCUGGCGUUUCCUCACCUACAUGUUUAUGCACGUCGGGCUGGAGCAGCUGGGGUUCAACGCACUCCUGCAGCUGAUGAUCGGGGUGCCCCUGGAGAUGGUGCAUGGCCUGCUCCGCAUCAGCCUGCUCUACCUGGCCGGCGUGCUGGCAGGUGAGGCAGAACUGGGCUGGGAUGAGGUGUCCCUACAAGCUGCUGAGGAUGGUGCUGGCCCUGGUGUGCAUGAGCUCCGAGGUGGGCCGGGCUGUGUGGCUGCGCUUCUCCCCACCACUGCCUGCCUCGGGGCCGCAGCCCAGCUUCAUGGCGCACCUGGCAGGCGCUGUGGUGGGAGUGAGCAUGGGCCUGACCAUCCUGCGCAGCUACGAGGAGCGCCUGAGGGACCAGUGUGGCUGGUGGGUGGUGCUGCUCGCCUACGGCACCUUCCUGCUCUUCGCCAUCUUCUGGAACAUCUUCGCCUACGACCUGCUGGGGGCCCACAUCCCCCCACCGCCCUGAGGGGCUCCCGGAGCCACACAGGCUGGGGCAGAGGCAUGUACGGCCGGCCACCAGGCGGGCCUGCAUGUGCACCCUCCUUGAAUGUACAUCUGGAGGCUGCUGCUUCUCCCCUGUGGGGGCGGGUGGUCCCUGUGGUCCACUGAGUCUAGGCAGAGCCUUACACCAGCCCUGGCGCCCCUUCCUGGCCUUGGGGGGCAGGAUGGCUGGGCUGGGCCUGGUGGUGGAGGUCCCCAAAGGUGGCCCCAGAGGAGACCCUGCCCCGGGAUUCCCGCUAGGACUUGCAGUCUGAGCCUUUUUGGAGAAUGAAUAAAUAUUUUACACAGCACCAGGUGGCUGCACCAGG